GGAGGGUGACAUGUCCCUGCCAGUGCCAGCCUGGCACCGGGGAGAUGGGGCCAGAACCCCCCGCCCUGCCAAAGCUGCCUCCCGGGGAAGCCCCCCACCCCUUAUGGGGGUGCUGGGUCACCCCUGCCCGCCCAGGGGGCGCAGCCCGGGCCGUGCCAGGCGGGGCCAGCCCGGGGUUCGGGAGGAGCUGCCGCGGGGAGACCCCGGCCCCGUUCCGCACCGGGGUACCCGGGGUGUCUGGGGGCACGGCCGGGGCUCCCGGUGCCAGCAGCCGCUGCCGGGGCUGUCCCCGCUGCCGAGCUCCGGCCCCGCUGCCUCCGGGCGGGGCGCGCAGGGCCCGGGGCCGCCUCCCCUCCCCUCCCGCCGCGCCCGCCCUCCAGAGCGGCGGCGGCUCCGGUGCAGCGCCCGCGGCGGCGCUCCCGGCACGGCCCGGGAUGGGCUCCGCGCACUCCGUGCCCGCCGAGAUGCGGGAGCUGGCGGACAGGACGGGCUUCACCUCUGAACAGAUCGAGCACCUGCACCGGCGCUUCAAGCAGCUGAGCCAGGACCAGCUGACGAUCCGCAAGGAGAACUUUGACAGCAUUCCCGACCUGGAGUUCAACCCCAUCCGGGGGAAAAUCGUCCACGCCUUUUUUGACAAGCGGAACCUGCGGCAGGAGUCGGAGGGGCUGGCGGACGAGAUCACCUUCGAGGACUUCCUGACCAUCAUGUCCUACUUCAGACCCAUCGAGAUGAACAUGGACGAGGAGCAGCUCGACCGCUUCCGCAAGGAGAAGCUGAAAUUCCUGUUCCACAUGUACGACUCGGACCACGACGGGAAGAUCACGCUGCAGGAGUACAGAAAUGUGGUGGAGGAGCUGCUCUCAGGGAACCCCCACCUGGAGAAGGAGUCGGCUCGAUCCAUCGCCGACGGGGCCAUGAUGGAGGCGGCCAGCAUCUGCGUGGGACAAAUGGGCCCGGACCAGGUGUACGAGGGCAUCACCUUCGAGGACUUCCUUAAGAUGUGGCAGGGCAUCGACAUCGAGACCAAGAUGCACGUGCGCUUCCUCAACGUGGACACCAUCGCCCACUGCUACUGAGGGGCAGGAGGAGGAGGAGGAGGAGGAGGAGGAGGAGGAGGAAGAGGAGCCAGCAGCAGCUCCAUGUCCUGGCUCCCAGCUCAGUCUCUGCCCCUCCCGUGUGCCUGUUCCACGCUGGG